AGUUAUGUCAUGCCCAGACCACCAAAGGGCUCCAUGAGGAUUUAUAGAAGAUGCCCCGUGUCUUGGCGCCUCUGGUGCUCCUUCUGCUGUGGCUAAUGAAGAUCGCUGCCAGCCCCCAUUCCCUGAGGAUUGCUGCCAUUCUGGAUGACCCCAUGGAGUGCAGCAGAGGGGAGAGGCUCUCCAUCACCCUGGCCAAGAACCGCAUCAACCGUGCGCCCGAGCGGGCGGGGAAAGCCAAAGUGGAGGUGGACAUUUUUGAGCUGCUGCGAGACAGCGAGUACGAGACGGCAGAAACCAUGUGCCAGAUUCUCCCAAAAGGAGUGGUAGGCGUCCUGGGACCUUCUUCAAGCCCAGCCUCAAGCUCUAUUAUCAGCAAUAUCUGUGGGGAGAAAGAGGUUCCUCACUUCAAAGUGGCACCAGAGGAGUUCCUGAAGCUGCAGCUCCAACGGUUCACCACCCUCAACCUCCAUCCCAGCAACACCGAUAUCAGCGUGGCCGUGGCAGGAAUCCUGAACUUCUUUAACUGCACCACUGCCUGCCUCAUCUGUGCCAAAGCUGAAUGCCUUUUAAACCUAGAGAAGUUGCUUCGGCAGUUCCUCAUCUCCAAGGACACUCUCUCAGUCCGGAUGCUAGAUGACAGCCGGGACCCUACCCCUCUCCUAAAAGAGAUCCGAGAUGACAAAACAGCUACCAUCAUUGUACAUGCCAACGCUUCCAUGUCUCAUACCAUUUUGCAGAAGGCAGCUGAACUGGGAAUGGCGUCUGCCUAUUACACGUAUAUCUUCACUAAUCUGGAGUUUUCCCUCCAGCGCCUGGACACCCUGCUGGACGACCGAGUCAACAUCCUGGGAUUUUCCAUUUUCAACCAGUCUCAUGCUUUCUUCCAAGAGUUUGUCCAGAGCCUCAACCAGUCCUGGCAGGAGAACUGCGAUCACGCCCCUUUUACUGGGCCAGCACUCUCUUCCGCCCUGCUUUUCGAUGCUGUGUAUGCCGUGGUGACCGCUGUACAGGAGCUGAACCGGAGCCAGGAGAUUGGUGUGAAGCCCCUGUCCUGUGGGUCUGCCCAGAUCUGGCAGCAUGGCACGAGCCUAAUGAACUACCUGAGAAUGGUAGAAUUGGAAGGUCUCACCGGCCACAUCGAAUUCAACAGCAAAGGCCAGCGAUCCAACUACGCCCUGAAAAUCCUGCAGCACACGCGCAGCGGUUUCCGGCAGAUCGGCCACUGGCACGUUUCCGAAGGACUCAGCAUGGACAACAGGAUCUUCUCCUCCAACAUAUCAGACAGUCUGUUCAACACCACACUCAUUGUCACCACCAUCCUGGAAAACCCUUACUUAAUGCUGAAGUGGAACCAUCAGGAGCUGGAAGGCAAUGACCGCUACGAGGGCUUCUGCGUGGACAUGCUGAAGGAGCUGGCAGAGAUCCUGCGUUUCAACUAUAAGAUCCACCUCGUUGGCGAUGGUGUGUAUGGAGUCCCUGAGGCAAAUGGCACGUGGACAGGGAUGGUCGGGGAGCUGAUUGCUCGGAAAGCCGAUUUGGCCGUGGCAGGGCUGACGAUUACUGCGGAGCGGGAGAAGGUGAUUGAUUUCUCUAAGCCGUUCAUGACUUUGGGAAUUAGCAUUCUCUACCGAGUUCAUAUGGGCCGCAAACCUGGCUACUUCUCAUUCCUGGAUCCCUUUUCCCCUGGCGUCUGGCUCUUCAUGCUGCUCGCCUACCUGGCUGUCAGCUGUGUCCUCUUCUUGGUUGCUCGAUUGACACCAUACGAGUGGUACAGCCCCCACCCCUGCUCGCAAGGCCGAUGCAAUCUUCUCGUGAAUCAGUACUCUCUUGGCAACAGCUUGUGGUUUCCAGUCGGGGGAUUCAUGCAGCAAGGCUCCACCAUUGCCCCCCAAGCAUUAUCUACGCGCUGUGUCAGUGGAGUCUGGUGGGCAUUCACCUUGAUCAUCAUCUCCUCCUACACGGCCAACCUGGCGGCCUUCCUCACCGUGCAGCGGAUGGACGUCCCCAUCGAAUCCGUAGAUGACCUGGCUGACCAGACAGCCAUCGAGUACGGCACCAUUCACGGUGGAUCCAGCAUGACCUUCUUCCAAAACUCCCGCUACCAGACCUACCAGCGGAUGUGGAACUACAUGCAGUCGAAGCAGCCCAGCGUCUUCGUCAAGAGCACGGAGGAAGGGAUUGCGCGCGUGCUGAACUCCAAGUACGCCUUCCUGCUGGAGUCCACCAUGAACGAGUAUUAUCGUCAGCGCAAUUGCAACCUCACGCAGGUCGGGGGCCUUCUGGACACCAAGGGCUACGGGAUUGGCAUGCCCGUCGGCUCUGUGUUUCGCGACGAGUUUGACCUGGCCAUUCUCCAGUUGCAAGAGAACAACCGCCUGGAAAUCCUGAAGCGGAAGUGGUGGGAAGGAGGCAAGUGCCCCAAAGAGGAGGACCACAGAGCCAAAGGCCUGGGAAUGGAGAAUAUAGGUGGAAUCUUCGUGGUUCUCAUCUGUGGCUUAAUCGUAGCAAUUUUUAUGGCAAUGCUGGAAUUUUUGUGGAGCCUUCGGCACUCUGAACAGUCAGAGGUGUCGGUGUGCCAAGAAAUGGUGACGGAGCUGCGCAACAUCAUUCUCUGCAAGGACAGUUUCCACCCUCGUCGGAGGCGAGGGGCAAUGAUACGGACUCGCCCCGUUAUCCCGGAGGAUCGCCGAGCCCGCAGCACAACCACGCUCAGCAACGGGAAGCUGUGCAGUGGGGGCGAGCCAGAUCCACUGGCACAAAGACUGGCACAAGAAGCCGCCCUGGUUGCCCGAGGGUGCACGCACAUCCGUGUGUGCCCCGAGUGCCGCAGGUUUCAGGGCCUCCGGGCACGGCCAUCUGCGGGCUCGCCCGCGCAGAGCGAAGAGAGCUUGGAGUGGGAGAAGACCACCAACAGCAGCGAGCCCGACAGUUACCCAGCUUCUCCAGAGCAAGGCGGACCUUUGGGCUGACGCGCAGGCCUGGCCAGGGGGUCGGCUUUGGUUUCGGCGUCGGAGAGGACGUGCGUCUUGCUGAAGCCUGACGCAGCGGGAGCGAGCUCCUCCGGCUGGUCUGUAUCCAGCGGUUGUCUCCGUGCCACCGCGCGGCUCCAAGGCAGGAAGAAGGGACGUGGUGGGUAACUGGCGUAGCAGAUAUUGCCCACCCAGGGGCAAGAGCGGUUCUUGGAAUUUCUCCACCCCAGGCCAGGAGAAAGGACGCUGGCUCCGUCUCCCCAUCACAUAGACUUACCAGGGGAUGUUCUCAAAGGGUGGGGGGAGGGUCUUUUUAUUUGACGCGGAUAAAGGAUGGGAAGGGAGGAGCCAUUAUUUCGUUUUGGUUUAUUUUGGGUACAUCGGGACCCAGUCUCCAAGGCACCGGGUUUCAGGUGCUGAACUCUUCUUCCUUUUCAGAGUGUGGCAGGUGGACUGAGGAAGGAAGGGAAGGAUGGGAUGGGACACGCUCCCCGUGAGAAGGAGCAUUUGCUGAAGGUCCAUCUGAGGAGUUGUUAAAAUACAUCUACAUAUAAAUAUAUAUAUAUACACAUAGAUAUAUAUAUAUUAAAAUGCCAAAAACCAACCAACGAACACAGUGAACUCAAAGAGGCCUUGAAACGUCUGGAAUUUCAGGGGUUCUGUGUCUUUUGUUUAGUUCUGGGGUUAUCUUUUGCUUUUUUUCCUUUCUGUUUUUAGGGUGCGGGUGGGAGAGCCUUUUGAGGAAGGUGAGGAGGGAGCAGGCGAGAGUGGGGAGCGCUGGGGAAGGCUGCCCUUUCCCGCCCGCGGAGGGAGGUGGUGUUUGCUGCCCACUGUCGCUCCCCAAGGCAUCCAUGGCCCGUGCUCUGCACGUUCCUGAACAAGUGACUCUGAGCUCUGCUCCAGGCUCGUGAGCUCCUCUUGUCCAUGAUCCACGGAGCACCCUCAGCUUCGAGGAUGACUUACAGCCCGUGUCUAGCAGUGAUGAUGCCGCACAGCAUUUGACAAAACCAUUAGCCCGGGAUCUGAUGUAAGGAAAAUAUUUACUUCCCUAGCAACAGCAGCAGCUCACCCUCUGUUUGGUACAGACGUGGGUUUUACAUUGACAAGUUUAAUUUUCGGAUUGAAAAACAAAUUCUAUGCAAUUUCUGAUUGUAAAAGGAAAGAGACAACAAUGGAGAGGGGCAGGGGAGAGAAAGCCUUGAGUGAAGGUACAUCCUGUUCUUGAAUUGUUUUCUUUUCUUUUUGUCUUGAAUGUACUGAAAUAAAAGAUGUCCUUGUAUAA